AUGGCAGCAUGCAGACAGACAGUAAAAGCGAGGAAAGGGGUGUUUGGCGAUGAGGAGCUGAGACUAGUGAUCAUUGGUUGUGCAGGCCCCUCUCAGUUUCUUCUCACCAAUUCUAUCCUGGGGAGAGAAGAAUUCUCCAAAGAUGUCUGCAGUAUAGCAAGGAGCAGGAAGAGCCUGGGAGAAGUAGCGGGUAGAAGAGUUGCUGUCAUCAACGCUCCAAACCUAUACAACGAAGACCUGUCUCGGACAAAAAUGACAGAAGAACUGAGAAGGUCCAAGUGUUUGUCAUCCCCUGGCCCACAUGCCUUUCUCAUCGCAUUUGAUUUUGACAAAAUCUCACCCAACGACAUUGAAACCCCCAAACUGGUGAUGAAAUGGUUUGGCGAGAACUCCCUGAACUAUGCCAUGGUUCUUCUAGCCUACGAGGGGAAGCUGAGGGGCACAGCUCUUGAUAACAGGGUUAUGAGGACAGACUGGCACCUGAGGGAACUCGUGGAACAAUGUGGAUGCCGGUAUCAUGUCUUCAGUAAGAACUGGAGAGACCAAAGCCGGAACAGGGAGCUGCUUCAAAAGAUUCAGAAGAUGCUGGGAACCAUGGGGGGAUGUUACUACAUCAGCAGGUCCUAUCGGAGGGCAGAGGAAAGCAUUAGAAAGGAGGAGAAGAAGCUGCUGAGGAAGAGGGUGUCUGAGACUGAGGGGGUAUGGCAGGAGCUUAAGGAGCACUACAGAGGGGAGGAGCUACACUGGCAGAUGGAAGCCUACAAUGCUAGGGUGAGGGCAGAGAUCAGGGCCAAAGCCGAACUGGACAACGGCUGGCUCAGAACUUCAUUGACUGUUGGGUUGGGGCUUGGAUUUGCAGCUGGGUUGACACUGGGAAUGAUCAUUGGAUCUGUGGAGGGUCCUGUAGGUAUGGCAGUGGCAGGGGCUGUAGGAGGUGCUGUGGGAGGAACGGCAGGAGGAGCAGUUCAAGUUGCUAUUGAGCACCUGGAGGAUAGAGUGGGACCUCACGCCAGCCUGUUCAACUUCAACUCUGCUUUCAUCGGGCGAUUUUUCCGUUCUCCACGAGUUUGA